CGAAGAGCUCUAGAAGGAAGGAGACGACGAGAAGCAGCUGCUGAACACCAGCGUGCUGCGGAGGAUCGAUAAAACUCUGCGUACGACAAACUGGGAGGGAAACCGCAACAAAAUGACCAUGUCUGAAAAAACAGGGGAGUCCAGGAAGUUUGAUCCCAAUUUCAAAGGGCCGAUCCAGAACAGGGGUUGCACGGACAUCCUCUGCUGUUUGCUCUUCAUCCUCUUCCUGUUUGGUUACUUCGCUGUUGGUAUCCUUGCCUGGUCUCAGGGUGACCCCAGGAAAGUGAUUUACCCCACAGACAGCAGAGGGCAGUUCUGUGGGCAGGCCGGGACCGCACUGGAGAAGAAACCGUUCCUGUUUUACUUCAACAUCCUGAAAUGUGCCAGCCCCCUGGUGCUCCUGGAGUUCCAGUGUCCCACCCCGCAGAUAUGCGUGGAAAAGUGUCCUAACAGGCACUUGAAUUUGGUGAAGGCCAAGCUCGGCAGCAACGAAGACCGUGAAUACUACUCGAGAUUCUGCAAGGAGGGAACUAACUUCACCGCACUGAGUCCUCCUGAGAUCCUGAGGGAUGCCCUGUGUCCUGCCAUGCUGCUGCCCAGCAAAGCUUUCACACGGCGCUGCCUGCCUGCCCUGGGAAAGCUGAGUGGCGGGGUGGUGGUUGUAGGCAACGAAACCUCGUUUUUUGACGACGAUAACAACAGAGUCAACGCCACAGACCUGCUGGAGGCAUCAAAGAAGUCGAACAUUGUUGUGGAAGCUCGUCAGGUGGCCAUGAGAAUCUUUGAAGACUACACUCAGUCCUGGCACUGGAUACUACUCGGUCUGGUGAUCGCCAUGGUCGUCAGCUUGAUUUUCAUCGUCCUGCUGCGAUUCUUGGCCGCCGUCAUGGUCUGGGUCAUAAUCAUUUUGGUCAUUCUUGUCAUCGGAUACGGGAUUUUCCACUGCUACAUGGAGUACGCCGCCCUGAAGGGAGAACCGGGCGCAGACGUCACAAUCCGUGACCUGGGCCUGCAGACGGACUUCUCCGUCUACCUGCAGAUCCGGCAGACGUGGCUGGCCUUCAUGAUCAUCCUGGCGAUUGUCGAGUUCAUCGUCAUCCUGCUGCUCAUCUUCCUCAGGAAAAGAAUCCUGAUCGCCAUCGCUCUCAUCAAAGAGGCCAGCAGAGCUGUGGGCCAUAUUAUGUCGGCGAUGUUCUACCCGCUGCUGACCUUUGCCCUCCUGGCUGUGGUGAUCGCUUACUGGGCCGUCACUGCAGUAUUCCUGUCUACGUCGAAUGAGCAGAUCUACAAAGUGUACAACAAAUCCGAUUGCCCAUUCACAAUGGACACCUGCGAUCCCAAGACAUUUAACACCUCCAAUGUUUCAGCCCAGUGCCCGGACGCAGAAUGCCUGUUUGCUUUUUACGGUGGUGAGACGCUGUACCACAGAUACCUCAUCCUACUUCAGUUCUACAACGUCUUCCUCUUCUUCUGGUGUGCAAACUUUGUGACGGCGCUGGGCCAGGUGACGCUGUCGGGAGCUUUCGCUUCAUAUUACUGGGCCUUCAAGAAGCCUGAUGACAUCCCUGCUUAUUCCAUCUUCUCCUCCCUGGGACGGGCUCUUAGAUACCACACAGGCUCCCUGGCUUUUGGCUCCCUGAUCCUGUCUUUGGUCCAGGUCAUCAGGGUCCUCUUGGAGUAUCUGGAUCACAAGUUGAAAGGUGCUCAGAAUAAGUUUGCUAAAUUUCUGCUGAGCUGCAUGAAGUGCUGCUUCUGGUGUCUGGAGAAAUGUAUCAAAUUCCUGAACCGGAACGCCUACAUCAUGAUUGCAAUCUACGGAAAAAAUUUCUGCGCCUCAGCUCGAGACGCCUUCUUCCUUCUCAUGAGAAACAUUAUCAGGGUGGCGGUUUUAGAUAAAGUGACUGACUUCCUGCUGUUUCUUGGGAAGCUCCUUAUUGUUGGCAUUGUGGGGAUUUUCUCUUUCUUCUUCUUCUCUGGAAGAAUAAAAGCUGUAGAGGACGCGGCUCCAUCUCUCAACUACUACUGGGUGCCAAUACUGACAGUAGUAGUGGGAUCCUAUCUGAUUGCCCACGGCUUCUUCAGCGUCUAUGCCAUGUGUGUGGACACACUCUUCCUGUGUUUCUGCGAAGACUUGGAAAGGAACGACGGUUCGUCAGAGAGACCUUACUUUAUGAGUCUGGAGCUGCACGAGAUCCUCUCCAAGUCCAGGAAGGUGGAGGACGAGUGUGACGGCGUCGAGGGGGUGGACGCUGCCAAACAAACGGACGAGGUAAAGGUGGAGGAGGAAACGCCCCUCCAGCAGAAGGACGGCGAGGUCCAGCUGAAACAGCAGACCGUGCUGAUGGAGGAAAACGAGGAAAAGCAGCCUCUGGAGUCCAGCAAUGAGGACGAGAAGAAGGAGAAGGAGGAACAAGUCAGUCAGGCGGAGGACACUGAGAAUAAAGAAGAACCAGCUGUGAAGGAAGCUGCAGCAAAGCAGGAAGUGAAAGCAGAGGAAAAGGCAGAGGAGCAGCCAGCUGCAGCUGGGGAAGCUGAGGAAGUGAAGAAGGCGGAAGAAAAAGAGCAACCCACGAAUGAUGAUCCUCCACCUGCACCACAGGAGUAGAUGCAGCAAAGCAAGGGAGGCUCGCUAGACCACAUAAAGCAGAAAGAGUCGAAAUUACGUCCCUCGGCUGUGUGAUAUGGACCUGUUAAAUGUACAGCAUUCAAGCUAAAGUGUGCGGCUUUGCUGAGACUGAGAGCUGAUGUUCCACCUGGAGAAGGCCGGCCGGAGCGAAGGCCGAAGGAGGUCGAAAGCCCAGUGCAUCUCUGUAGCUUGAAGAAAACACACACACACA